AUGUGCGAGUGGGAAUUGCCUGCCCGUAUCGUGGAUUUCGACGAGAUCGUCCAAGUGGCGCCAGCCGAGGACGUGCACCUCAGCUGUCGGUUCUUGGGAACGGCGCCCGUGCACUGGGAAUGGAAGCACGGCGAGGUGUCCGUGUCACGCUCCAACCGGACCGAGCUGACCAGCGACGGCAGCCUGAGCCUGCGGCGUGUGGACGCCGCCAGUGCCGGCAACUACACCUGCCUUGUGCGCAACCGGCUCGCCAACGACCGACGGAUCGUCGCACUCAUCGUGCGGGCUCACCUGGAAGGAUUUGUGCUCAAGGUGGUUAGCCAGACCGCCACUUCUCUACAAUUGACGGCUAGCGGCUCUGCUGUCGACGAUCAAGUUGUCCAGGUGUUGGAGAUUCACCUCAAGUCCGAGAGCGGAGAGUGGCAGCAGCGCUCUCUGGUGGGCCGCCACAAUGACACGUACCACCUGGACGGGCUGCAGUGUGGCACUCGCUACCAGCUGUAUGCAGUCGCCUUCCUCGCAAGCGGCCGCCGGGAACAAAGUGACCUGCUCGCCACACGCACGCUCGGCAGCCCACCGGUUGCUCCCAACAAAGAGGACAUUGUGCGCGCCCUCAAUGGCUCGCAUGUUCAAGUCAUGCCAUCGGCCUGGCGAUCGGGUGGAUGCCCCCUGACGCGCCUGAGCAUCGAGCACCGUUUGCUGCAUGGGCAACAGCCGGAAUGGAUAGCUCACUGGAAUCACACCAGCCCUGCAGCAGGUGUUUUGCCUCAGGACCUUCCCGAUGUACUUCUGGGAGGACUUCAGGCCGAGACUUGGUACGUGGUUCGCCUGAUGGCCGCCAAUGCUGCAGGCCUCACCAAAGUCAAGUACGACGUCAUGACACCAAGCGCUCUGGCUGGUGUCGCAGACAAAGGCAGCGGCAAGUCAGCGGUGGCUGCCUUCCUAGAAGACACCACCACGCUGGUUUCCAUGGCGUCCUCCGGAGUCGUGCUGCUCGCCGGUCUCAUCGCCGUCAUCUGCCUGGUGCUCUACAAGCGACGGCGAAAUGGACGCGCCGCGUCCACGGCCGCAGCCUCUGCACGCUCGGGUGCCAAGAACAAACGAAAACCGGUGACGUCGUCCAGUCGGCCGCGGACGUCGUCGUCCCAGCAGCAACAGUCGCAGCCAAAGCCCGCAGAGUCCCGCAGUAGCGACCUGGCGACAGCCACCACGACGACUACCAUCUCGACGUCCGGAGGCAACGAGCGCGCCGCUGAUGGCCGUCCUGAGCGGGCGACUGCAGCCAGCGGUGGGGGAGGGGACGCUCACCGGCGAGCCAGUGGUGGCGGAGGCAGUUCCUCGGUGCCGCCCGUGCUACCACAGAAGAAGAACAAAGAGGCCGCCAGGAGAAGCCGGGAACAGCUGACCAGCGCCGCAAGGUAA